AUGGAGCAAGCAAUGAGGUGGAUCAAAGUGAGUGUUUAGCAUUUGAUUUGGACCGAUAUGGAGAUGAAUGUGGGCGUAGGCUAGGACAUGAUUGGCCCAGAUUGGUUAUCUAUGUGUGUCUGAUAGUCUUUUUAUUACUGAGGAUGUGUGAGCUACGUCCGUAGGAGGUAGGAUGUAGGCCUAUUGAUUUGGUUGUACUUUGCUCAGUGUUGAAUAUGGAGUGAGUGUUAUGUUGGUCUCCUGUGGCUUUCACUAGAUGUAUGAUAGGAGGCCGGUGGACUGUUAGACUGGCGUGACAUAACAGCUUGUUUGGUAGAUAGCCCUAGAUAUAGCCGGUUCAAUUGAGGUCCAUAUGUAUUUCUACGAUUACUUAAAAUCCCAGAACAUAACAGAGAAUCUUGUAUCACACUGAAAAGUCAUGAUCUACUUCAUAACCAGGCCAUUAUGGCUUAACUUCCUCCAGUUCAUAUGACUGUCUUUUUGUUAGGGUUGAAAAGCUACCGGUAGUUUACCAAAGUUACCAGAAUCUUCAGUAAUCUUGGUAAUUAACAGAAAAUCUAUGGCAAUCUAUCGUAACUUUGGUAACUAAACUUGAAUGACUUUCACAAAAUGUAUUAAUAAAUAAUCCACAUUUUUGAUGUGUCCAUAUUGUCCAUGAGGUUUUAGUAGAUAGACCAUAUGGUUCAAGACACAAUAGGCUAAUUAAUUUUAAAAGCCUCUAAUCAACAAUGGCACUAUUUUCAACUGCCACCAGUUUGACGCCAAAACAUUGACAACAACGACAUUGUGACAUAGUAAAAUAAAUAAGUGUGUAAAAAUAUAUAUAAAGGAUAUUUCAUGCUGAAACCCUCAUUAAACAAUAGUAUUCACUAAGUUGAUGGUUUAUAUUUAGGAUAAUGUUUUACAGCUUUGUCGUUCUAUUUUUUUGUUGAAAAUCAUAUUUAAUUAUUUGAUAAGGCCAGAGAUAACUACAGACGCCUGUAAAAAUCAGAAGUACCCAAAAUGGUCACUAGAUGUCUUACAUUAGAUUACAUAAAAUCCUUGAAAGAUAAAAAAAUCUGGCAGUUUACUGGUAAACUUUAAAAGUUUCCAGUAAAAUACACUCCCUUUGCAACCCUUGCACAUAGUGUUGCUUUCUUAAGAUAAUUCUGUAACCCAAGCUCAUGGACUCAUUUCUGCGCCAACAGCCACAGAGGAGUAUUUAAAAAGGACAGUCCCUCCCUCGGGUUACCUUUUUCCGCCGCCACUUUAAGAGAAAGAAGACAGGCUCGCUGGCCGAAAAGGCGGAGCUGGACUAUUGCUGCAGUAACCGCCGCCCCAGCAUCGCUGUGCUGACCAGCAAGGCUUGCCGACGCUCUAGCGUGGGCCUCCCCUCGGUUGCUCUGGUCCAACGCCACCGCUCCAGUGUGCAGCUACAGGGGCUCCCACUCCCGCUGGCGGGGGGUCACUGCGCAGGAGGCGGCCGGCUGGCCAAAGCGGCAGGUUACGGCAAAUCAUCAUGCGCCAAGUCAUCCUCUGGCGCCAAUGUCCGGAGACGCUCCAGCACCACAACGCCCAGCAUGAACCCACGCUUUGCCAAAGCUGCGCACCAUUGA